ACUGCGGACUACCGACCGGCAGACGGUUAGUGACAUCCGAACGGUCAACGGACGAGGUUCAACUUCGACAAUCCCGUCCGACGUGUUUACGUCGUAGCCGUUUUGGAAUAAUAAUCACAAUUCGUAUACCGCGGUAUAACGGUAUCGUAUACAUAAACCGCAACUGGGUGAGCAUUCUGGGCGACUAUCGACAUCAACAGCUGGAACCAACACUACCUACCUAAUAUACCGUGACGUGUACGCUGACGAACCGAUUUCUGACGUUUGCAUCGAUUACUGAUCUGCGUUGAAAUUCGAAUGACAUAAUAUUAUACAUUACAGACGAAAAAUAUGUACUUACCGAUACAAAUCGAUGUAUUCAUGACCAACGAUUUUUGUAAGAACAUUUUUUGAAACAUUUUUAUAAACUGUGUACCUACUUCGUUUUUGAAAUAAAAAGGCGCUUUUAAAGAGGCAAUAGCCAGAGCAGCACACGAUCCGCUGACGUUAUGAAGACGAGCGACAGCCGCACGACGACGAUGCUCUCGUCGGCCUUACUGGUGACGUUGUUGGCGGCGUCGGCCGCGGCACAACAGUCCAUGUCGUUUCCGGACAGCGAGGCCGGCGGCGGCGUCGCGGGCAAUGCAGCCGCGGAAAACGCGACGGCUCCGGGCUCCGGGAGCAGGAGCGGCAAGAACCUGUUCAACUGGCUGGGCAGUUUCUCGGACGAGGGCGCCGACCCGUACCUGUCGUCGGCCAACGGCGCGUGCCUGCAGGGCGACAUGGCCGAGUGCUUCAAGGCCCGCGCCCUGUCCGGCCUGGGCGACUUCUUCGUCCGGGACGCGUACCGGCUCAACGAGAACGUGCGGGUGGUGCGCCUGCGCGACGACGACGACGACGACGGCGGCCGGCACCACGCGUCCAGGGCGUUCGAGUUCUCGGCCGAGCAGCGGCCCGAGGACACCGAGUGGGACAAGCUGGUCAAGUUCGCCACGCGCAAGGCCGAGAGGUUCCUGCGGUCAGCGGCCGUCGAGGUUCACGUUCCCGACGAGCUGACCGAGGGCGGCCGUUACUCGCCCAGGUUCAUCGACGAGAUAUCCUCCGAGUUGGACACGCUCGAAGACAAGAAGGCCAGCGUCAUCACCAAGAAGAAAGUGAAGAAAUUACUGAUCCCGUUGCUGAUCGUACUCAAGCUGUUCAAGUUGAAGCUCCUCCUUUUCCUGCCGCUCAUUCUGGGUUUGGCUUCGUUCAAGAAGGUGCUCGGUUUCCUGGCACUGGUCGUCCCCGGUCUCAUUGGGUUCUUUAAGCUGUGUAAACCCGACCUACAGCACAACUAUGGCACGUUUGGACACAGCAGCUACUAUCACAGGCCGUCUAACGUCGGUGGACCUCUGUCCCAGUCCGGACCCGUGUACUCACCAUACCGUGAACACCAGGAGCCACAAUACCACCGCGAACACCUGGAACAACCGCAGUACCACCGCGAACAUCCGAUAGAUCCUCAACAGUAUCUGUACGAGUCGGCCGACUCGCAGCCGUACAACAGCCGACCGGCCCGAAAUCAGCAGGACGCCAAGGUACCGUCUACUGGUUCAGUCGCGUUCAAAGACGAAGCCAACGACAUGGCGUACAACGGUUACAACAGGCAACAAAAGCGGCGAUAAAACCAUAAUAUCAUUAUUUGUAUGCCGUGGCUACAGCAGACACUCCACCGUCACCGUUGUCACAAAAUGUACAUAGAUCGUUCGACCUUUAUAUGCCAAUCGCGCAUCUCAUCUGUAUCCGCCGACUUGUCUUUCUGUACUUACUUUUCGCACGAACAGAUCCAAAACUUACUGUUCGCGUCUGUUACAAUAUUGUAUUAUAAAAAUAUUAUAAUAUUGUACGACGCCUUAACAACGCCAUUUAAUAUAUAUUUCCAACGAUCCAUUUCGGUUCGUCGGUUAAUCACUAACCAUUUUAUUCGUGUAAACGCAAUCCUUUGCUGUUUGUUGGCGACAAAUGUCGGGACGAUUCUAUCUGUUCGGAUGCGUAAAUGAGUAGUGCGCGAUUUCAAUACAGUACUCAUAGUUCCUCGUAAUCAUGGCCACAUAAAUAUAUUUCACUGUUUGCGAUGGCAGUGGUAUAUCAUACAUUUAAGACCUUAUUUUUAUUAUUAUUAUUUUUAUAUAUUAUUUUAUAUAUUCAUGAAGCGUGACAACUGUGUGCGACAUUUUGUAUAAUUUAACAUAAUUUUGUAUUUUUUUGUAAAUACCUAUAUACCUAAUAUACAUAUUAUUAUUUUUAAUUGUAA